CCCCCCCCUCCGCCUCCUCGUCGAGUGUCUCUCGGCAGUCAGUCGGCACCUGUUCUCGCUCGUCGUCUGCUUUGCCUUCAUGCGAGAGAGCGCAGACGUUCUCGCCUUGUCCUCAUUGUUAGAAUAGACGGCCGCUCGUGAUUUUUUUGUUAUUUUUAUAGCUAUUUUUAUAAAACAGCGAGAGUAUGACUUCGACGUCGUAUAGCCUGGAUUACCUACCGCUGACCGAUAGUCGGUUAAUGGCUGCGGGCGAUACGAUCAACGGCAUGAAGAUGAACGGGUCGUCGGAACACUUGGAUCAGCCGGACCCGGAUUCCAUCAAGAUGUUUGUGGGGCAGAUCCCUCGCUCCUGGUCAGAAACGGAACUCAAGGAGCUUUUUGAGCCUUUUGGAGCCGUGCACCAGAUCAACAUCCUCCGCGAUCGCACGCAGAACCCCCCUCAGAGCAAAGGAUGCUGUUUUGUAACUUUUUAUACAAGAAAAGCUGCGCUGGAUGCCCAGAACGCCCUGCACAACAUCAAGACCUUAAGUGGGAUGCAUCAUCCCAUCCAGAUGAAACCAGCCGACAGUGAGAAAACCAGCGCCGUGGAAGACAGAAAACUCUUCAUCGGAAUGGUUUCCAAGAAAUACGGCGAGAACGAGGUCAGGAUGAUGUUCUCGUCCUUCGGCCAGCUGGAGGAGUGCCGAAUCCUGCGCGGACCCGACGGGCAGAGCCGAGGCUGUGCGUUUGUCACAUUUGCUACCAGGGCAAUGGCACAGAAUGCAAUCAAAACCAUGCAUCACUCUCAGACUAUGGAGGGCUGCUCUUCGCCUCUGGUGGUGAAGUUUGCCGACACGCAGCGGGAUAAGGAGCAGCGUCGUCUGCAGCAGCAACUGGUGCAGCAGAUCCAGCAGCUCAACAGCGCCUCCACAUGGGGGAACCUGGCCGGCUUGGGCAGCCUCACGCCUCAAUACCUGGCCCUCCUGCAGCAGGCGGCUUCCACAAGCAACCAGAGCAGCUUCAACAGCAUGCAGCGGCUUGGGGUGAACCCUCUCCAGCUGCAGAAUUUGGCCACAUUAGCCGCGGCGGCGGCCGCCGCGCAGAGUUCUGCCAGUCCCACCUCGUCCGCCGGCCUGUCGGCCGCCACCGGUGCGCUCGGAGCUCUGGCCAGCCCAGCCGGCUCGACGGUGGGUUCCGGUGCCAGCGCCGCCGCCAUGAACACCUUGGCGUCUCUGGGUACAUUGCAGGGUCUCACCGGGGCCUCCGUCGGCCUCGGCAACCUCAACGCUCUCGCCGGCGGCGGCAUGGGGGCCCUGAACGGCGGCCUGGGCUCAUCCAUGGUCAACGGCUCGGCGGCCACGUCCAUGGACGCGCUGAGCCAGGCCUACUCGGGGAUGCAGCAGUACGCCGCCUCGGCCCUGCCCUCGCUCUACCCCCAGCCGCUCCUGCAGCAGAGCAUCCCCGGCCACCAGAAGGAAGGGCCCGAGGGCGCCAACCUCUUCAUCUACCACCUGCCGCAGGAGUUUGGCGACCAGGACCUUCUGCAAAUGUUCAUGCCCUUUGGGAACGUGGUUUCGGCCAAAGUCUUCAUCGACAAACAGACCAAUUUGAGCAAGUGCUUUGGCUUCGUCAGCUACGACAAUCCCGUCUCUGCGCAAGCUGCCAUCCAGGCCAUGAACGGCUUCCAGAUUGGAAUGAAGCGGCUGAAGGUUCAGCUGAAGCGUUCCAAGAACGACAGCAAGCCCUACUGAUCGCCCCGCCCCGCCCUGCCCCACCCCUCCCCCUCCUCCCCAGCUCCAAUGCUAGCAAUGCUAGGAAGCAAUCUCCAUGCCUGUUUGCUCAUCAUUAGCCUAGCAUGUCUUCAUGAUGUUGAAAGGCGCGUUCCCCGCUGGCCUCCUCAUCCUCACCACCACCACCACCACCACCACCCACCUAGCCACCAUUGUCUGUGAUGUCUCUCUAAAGCUCGUCUGACCAAUACCUGGCCCCGCCCACUUAGUUCAACCUGACUCGUUGCUGCAUGCAUGUUCAUCAUUUGUUGUGUUUUGUUUUGUAUAAAAAUGUGACAGGAUGGGAGAGAGAGUGGUCAAGCGAAAUUAAUGUGAAAACGUACCUGCGUUGAUUCUUUUUUUAAAAACCUGUGGGAUUUCUUAUUUGAGUUUUUCUUUGCUUUCUUUUGAUAAUAUCUCUGGGUAAGGGUAAAUACAGGGAUUGGCACGCCGGCUGUGCUAUUUGGUGCCAUUAGCAAUAUGUUGAAGAAACGAAACCACUGACCAGAUAACAACCCCCGAACGAGAGCUCAACAUUUAGCGGGCCAGUGUAAAGCUUUUUUUUUUUUUUUUCCGUUGUUUUUCCCUCUUCCUUUCGUCUCCAUCGAGGCUAUUUCAAAGGAAAUUUUGUUUUCAUUGACGCAACUUUUUUUAAACUACCAAUGGCACAAUAAAAGGUACAUUUGCUCAGUUUGGAGAAAUGACUACCUACACGAGUCAACUUUUUUAGAACUGAUUCACAACUAGACAAUCUGUGGUUGAAAUGCACACUUAGAUUACCUAUAUUUUAUACCAUUGAAUCUAUAGAGGUCUAACUAACAGAACCCAGACAAAAAUGUUGGGUUUUUUCUAGAUUUAUGUUGUUGUGUCAUCUGUGUUGGGGAAAAGGGGGGGGGGGGGCUGUAUGUAGUGUUUCAAAAUCACCUUCAUUUCUGCUAAAUUGAAGCCACACUUGAAGUUGAAAAUUCCUCUGCAUGCGUAAGAAUUUGUCUAGGAUGACUCGGUACGUCUUGUUGAUUUCCUGUGAUUUUUUUGGGUUGUUUUUGGAUGCAAUGUUUGUUAAUCACGCAGAUGCCAGACAAUGUCUUUUUGUUUUCUUGUCCAAGUGCCCACGUGUCAAAAGUUUGGAAGUUGCGCAGCGCAGUGGAGUUUUCUUUGCGUGCAGCGCGGUCGGUCGGUCGAUCACGGAUGUGGGAGCCCCUGAAGACGAGACCACUCGGACAAGCUUCUUGUCGCUUUCAACCCACAAUGGCCACUGCGGCGGCGGGUGGACGGUGUUGGUUUACAAAUACAUUCCACUGUUUCCACACAAAGUUUACACUUGCCUGAACGGCAUCCUUCUUUUAUUGUACCGCGGCAGAACAACACGCCACGCCACGCCACGCCCCCUCACCAAUGAGUUGCCAACUCAGGGUUUUUCUUUGGUGCGUGAGAAACAAAUUGUCACAUGUACAGCUUCUUGUUUUCUUUUUCUUUUUGUCACCUUGUGUCCAGGCAAGCCCAAAACGAACAAGCCCCCUUCCUCAAAACAUGUCAUCUGGAGCUAAGCACAACAAGUACGGGAGGGAGCUUUUCCUUGUUGAGGGCGGCCAAGAAGUAGUGCAACGUGCGUGUGUGGACCCCAAGAGUUCCUUUUUGAAUGCUUUUUACAACAGUGUUUUUUCUAUCUCUAUUUAAUGCAAUACAAUAAUGAAAGUGCCAUACACGUCUAGAAAACUGCCUACACAUCCUUAUGCCCGAUAAGUUGACAUCCUUGGUUAGAUUGCUGCACUUUGCCUUUGUUCUGUCACUUGCUUUUUCUGUCACUCGCCAACCCCCCCCCAACCCCUCAAGAAAAUUCUGCGUGUGGUGUCGUGAAGCAUCUGUAGGUGAAACAAAAAGCACCCCCUGCCCCCUCCCAAUUAUAUAUUCAUAGCUAGCAUAUAUUUGAAGGUGUGAGCGCAUGCACUGGAACACUUUGCCACACCGUGUGGACUUGAGUUGAUGUUUCUGAGAACCACUUUGUUAGUCAGGCAUUGUGCGUGCGCGUGUGUUAUAUAUAUAUAUAUAUAUGUGUGUGUGUGUGUGUGCGCGCGCGCGUUUAGUGAAGUAUUUAGCGGACGACACAAAAAAAAAAGCACAAUGUACAGAUAGAUGUACAGGCAGUCUCACUUCAGGGGCUUCCAUCAGCAAAUUCCAGCUCCAACAAUCACUCCCUUGUUUGAAUUCUCAAGUGCUUUCUUUUGGGACACUCUUUCUUUCCAUUUGCUGAUGCACAAACAUAUGGGGACGUUGGUUAAGGAGGAUGUAAUAGCCGUGUUCCUUCUUGUGUUUGUUUCCUUUUGUCUCCAUGAAAAGCCAAAGUGGGUGCAUCUUCUGUUUACUUUGUGAGUGAGGGUGGGAUUUGAAAAAGGAAAGGCAGAAAAGCAAGGAAAAAAAAAAAAGAUCUGGGGGCGUACACACACACACACACACACACGCACACACAGGCUAUUUUCCAAUUUCUACAACUGGUUGUUCACAAUGUCUUUUGUACCAGUGACGCUUUUUAUAUUGGAAAUUAAAAGAAAUGAUGGAAAUUGUCUGGCCUCUCAAUGUGGCCUCCUGUUUUGCUUGCUAUUACGUUCAUCAUUGUGUGUCUUUCAAAGAAAACAAAAAAUGGCCUGCUUUUGACUUUACUCUUACUGGAAUAAGUCUUUUGGGAGGGAGGGAGGGUGGGAUCCUCUAAAUGGUGGUAAGUUUCAUGUUAGUGCUUGUGCUGUCAUCUGGAUUUUUCACAACGUGAGCAGAUCAAUUGUCUUAGUUUAAGAGUUAUCUGUUUAGUUUGAGCCUUGCUUUUACCUUUUUAACGACAAACUCUGUGUAGAUUCUUUAUUUGGUGUGGUUUUUGUUGAUUUCCCUUCCCCCAUAGCAGAGUACGUAGACAGAAAACUCUGUUCUUGGUCGAUGUUUGUUCAUAUGUGGUGUGUUUCUUUGCCUUUGUCUCCAGAUUAAACCAUUUACCCUAAUAUGGA